AUGGACUUAGACGAAGGCCCUGAUGUAGAAGAAAUAGAUGAUGGUGAUUUAGCUGUCGAUAGCAAAUUAGGAUCUUUUGUGACUGCGGGUAAACCAUUUCAAGGAACCAUAAAAGAUUUUACACCGUUCAACGCCAAAGAAGAUGCUAAAAAGCUUAGGAAAGCUAUAAAGGGAUUAGGCACGGACGAUAAAACGGUUAUCAAUAUUCUGACUAAACGAUCUCAGAGGCAGAGACAGGAAAUUGCGGAAGCCUAUAAAACCCUUUUUGGUAAGAAUCUGGAAAAAAGCAUUAAAGGGGAUUUCUCCGGCACAACAAAGAAAGCCUUAGUCGCUCUGUUAUACCCACGUGAAGUUUAUUCAGCCAUACUUUUGCAUAGAGCACUCAGGAGAGUUGGGACAAAUUUGGGUGGAGUAGCGGAAGUUCUAUGUACCCUUACGCCCGAAGAAUUGGAAAUGGUUAAAAAAGCGUAUCAAAAAAGAUAUAAAAAGGACUUGUACAAAACGAUUUCAAGAGACACUUCUGGAGAUGUCAAACUUCUACUACUAGAAUAUAUUAAAGGCAAUAGAAUGGGGCCAAGAUCGAGUCAAGAAAUUGAAGAAGAUGCCAAAAUCUUGCAGAAAAACGGUUUCAAGAGUAUAGGAGGCAAGGACGGUGUUGCCCAACUCUUAUCUACUAGAAAUCAGCAAGAUCUUCAAAAGAUUUUUGCCCAAUACCAAGAGAUCACUAAAAAAAAUUUAUUAACAGAAAUUACUGCAGAAAAGGCACUAAGGGUGUCUAAAGCCGGAAAACUAAAGAAGGUCCUUCGAAAUUUAGUUCAAUGCAUUAAUAAUCCUCCCGAAUAUUUUGCGAAACGACUCAGAGCAUCCGUUAAAGGUGCAGGUACCAAUGAUCGUCGACUAUUAAGAAUAUUAGUAGCUAGAAGUGAAAUAGAUCUUGAAGCAAUUAAGGAAGCUUACCAAAAACUCUAUGGAAAGCCGUUAAAGAAAGAUGUUGACAGCGACACUUCAAGGAAAUUUAAAAAGGUUUUAGAUGCGCUAAUUGAUGGAAACGUAAAGUGA